AUGCCCGCUCUUAAUUGUAAAAGAACAGAUUUACUGAUGAUCGCAUGGACGCGUGCGUCUGGUAUUGUGUAUUACAUCUAUGAAAAAAGGGUCUUGGAGGUUCAGAACGCGGCCACACUUGUCCUGCUUGUCUUGGACAAGCCCGACGCCGCCGCUGCUGACAUCAAUGCCUUCAUCAACGCCGAAACGCGAGGAAAAAUACCAAAGCUUAUAGAACCCUCCUUUGUUAAAGACGCUAAAAUGGUCUUAACUAACGCCGUCUACUUCAAAGGCUUUUGGAAAUACCCGUUCAAGCCUCAAAGGACCCACAAGGACAAGUUUUUCGUAACCCCGGAAGAAUAUGUCCAAGUGGAUAUGAUGACGCAAACGGGAAGGUUCAAAUAUGUGGACUCGGAGAAGCUUCACGCCCAGGUGCUGGAGAUGCCUACAGGGGCGACGCCGUGUCCAUGGUGGUGCUUCUCCCGCGAUAUGGGAGAGCAAGGAGGUGGACAGGCUGGUCCGACGCCUGAGGCCCAGGAGACUCGUGUCUGUGGUGAAGGCGAUGCCCUCCGUCCCGCUGAUAGUCAAGUUUCCCAAAUCAGCGUGGAGAGUACUCUCGGGGAUGAACUCAUUUCGUAUAAGAAACGUAAUCCUGGGAAGCCAGAUGUAAACCUCUGUUGGACCUCAAGAUGGUGGCUGAAGGGAAAAUUGGCUCGCGUAGGGUUUUUGAGUUUUAAACACACUCCGAGCUUACAUAUCAUUACCAUUACUCAGUAA